ACUUUUGGGGCGGUUGUGCAAAUGGGCGCAGGUCAGAUGAUCAGAGAUCCAACGAUUUCGUCUCUCGAAUCAGCCGCCGCAGACAACAGCAGAGUUGCAGUAUGCUGCCGGAAACACCUUGGUGCGGAGCUUACUGCUCGUCUCGUCAGCUUAGUCACUGCGGUAGGGUAGUUGGGAUGAUUUUUGGUGCAUUUUCCCUCGGAUUCCUUUUCCCAUGCGCGCCCAGCUGCCACAUUAUCAUGCGAGCAGCUACUAUUACAUUGCCCGAAGUGAUAGUACUGUAGUAGGAAAUCGGUGCUGUAAAAAGUUGUUGCGACGCGUAGGACGCAAUAGUGUUUCCGCGCGACAUAAUUUUAGAGGGGCCAUAAUGUACAUUGCGCCAGAACCCGGUCUCUAGUCCAGAAUCUGACUGUCAGACACCGGUAGUAGUUAUCAUUCCGGCGCGGCGGUAGAUGCUCCAACUUUACGCCCUCUCGAGUAGUCAGAGUCCCGUACCUUACAUCAGUUUUCAAUCUCUUCAAGAAGUUCGCGAUUGAACGUCCAAACAACUUGUCCGAUCCAUAAAAAAAAUCCAUGGCUACCACUCUGUCACCCCCUGCUCCUCUCUCCAGUGCUCCUGAGCGCUCUUCCCAGUGCUACCGUGUCCCCCACACCGGCAGUCGCGCCAUAGGUGACCCAGAGCCCUAGAUUCACGGAGCAUUCAAUGCUCUAAACUUUAGAGCGACUCUUUCUAGUACCAGUGGGAGCGGACAUCUCGCAGCUCGAGCAGCGCCUUGAGGUAUCACGCAGCUCUUAGACUCCGAAAUCUGGCAUGAACCGGAGAGCAUCAGAUCCGAAAAACUCACUCGGAACAGCUAGUUCAGGCAGCUCCAGGCCACCGCCGUUUUAUCCCGAUGGCACCCUGACUGGCAGCGCGGCCUUCCAAUCAGCGGCUUUCGCAGCUUCUGCUUUUCAGGCAGCGCCUUCCCUAACAGCGCCUUCCCAGGCAGCCGCUUUCCAGGCAGCAGCUGCUCCCUUAGCAGCGGCUUCCAUGAGCUUCCGCCCUUCACUGGCGGCGGGGUCGCCACGUGGCACGGCCUGGAGCAGCGUGCCCGUGCCGCCAGAGCAGUUCAUUCGCUGGAGCAACCAGGAGGACCGCGUGUUGCUACAGCACGUGAUGCGCCAUGGCACGCGCAACUGGGGGCUGCUGCAGCGGAGCCGCGACCUGCCCCUCCGAGACAAUAAGGCGUGCUGCAACCGCUUCAUCCUCCUUAAGAAGAGGUUUCUCGAGCAGCAGCGCCUGCAGAUCGCAGCCGCCACGUCAGCCCCUGAUCCGACAGAUAAGCCCGCCCUUGUUGCGGACCCUCAAAGGGGUCAUACGGAAACGAAGCCUCUGGCAGGGCCGAAGCACGGCUCGAUUGCUGCAAGUGCUGCUGAUGCUGCGGUUGCUGCGGGUGCUGCGGGUGCUGCGGUUGCUGUGAGUGCUGCGGGUGUCGAGAUUCCCCUCCUUUCAGAGUGUCAACUGGGGUCUGCUGCCCGGCCGAAGCAGGAACCAGACCUGCUUCCUUCUGCGCACGUUUCUGCUUCGGCGCCUCCCAGCCCUGCUGCCGAACCUGCUAUUUCUGAGCCUGUUCUCCCCAGGCCUGCUGCUUCCGAACCUGCUGUUCCGAGCCUGCCACGGGCAGUGUCUGUAGGCGGUGCCACGUCAGCUUUGGUCCCAGACCAAUCACUGCUUGACAGAUCACUUGGAGACAGGAAGGUUCACCAGCAUCAAUCUGAGCCGCUGAUCCAAACCAGCCAGCUUAACCAGUCGAUCCUGAGCGCUCAACUGGCUGAGCUAUUCCAUUUAGAUUUGGCGGCGGGUGCUACAGACGGGUUGGCUCCAGGUUACGACGCUGCUACAGCUGCUACAGAUGCCACGGUUGGUAUGGCCAAUGCUGCUACAGCCGCUGCUGAUGCAGUGGUUGCCGCUACACCAACGGGUACAAGUGCUUGUGGUGGGGAGAUGGUGGAGAGGAAGAGGAAGGAGGCACCAACAGGCAUGGAGCAACCAGGCAGAAGCGUAGCCAGGAGAAGCAUGGGCGACGAGGCAGCCGGGGAGGGCGGGGCAGCUGGGGAGGGCGGGAUAGCUGGGGAGGGCGGGGCAGCUGGGGAGGGCGGGGCAGCUGGGGAGGGCGGGGCAGCUGGGGAGGGCGGGGCAGCUGGGGAGGGUGAAGAAGGUGCGGGAGGUGAGGGAGGGGAAGCGAAGGGGGAAAGGGGGGAGCGAAGGGGGAAAAGGGGGAGUGGAGAAAAGGAGGAGGCGCAAGCAGGGUGGACGCAAACGGUGGAGGAUGGGGAGGGACUGGGGGGGGAAGAAAGCUUUGGAAGGGAGGCAGAAGUGGAGAAUGGAGACAUGAAAAGAGGGCAGGAUGGGGAGAAGGAUGGGGCGAAGGAUGGGGGUGAGAGCGAUGGUAAAGGGUCUGGUGUGAAUAAAGCGGAUGGGGAGGGAGGUGGUGUGACUAAAGCGAAUUGGGAGGGUGGUGGCGUGACUAUAGGAGACAUGUUUAAGACGCUGCUGCAUGCGAAUGCGCAGCAGGUGGCUGCUGCCAUACUGGAGUGGAAGGAUCGGGUGUGUGGCUCGGAUGACAGCCACGUGCCGAACCUGGCUGCUGCGGUCAAGAUGAGGGAUGUGGGGCCGUCAGGUUCGGUACAGCUAGCUUCGGUGCAGCUAGGUUCGACACAGCUACCGAAUCGGCAGCAGAAUGAACGACACUACCAGCAGCAACAGCAGCAACAGAAUCAGCGGCAGCGGCAGCUGCAGGAGCAGCAGCAGCAGCAGCAGCAGCAGCACUAUCAACAGCUGAACCACCAGCGGCAGCAGCAGCAACAGCAGCAGCAGCAGCAGCAGCAGCAGCGUGAGCAGCAGCAGGCUGCCCAGGCGAUGUGGUUCAGCCAUCCAGGGGCACAUAUCUUUCAAACAUUGCACCUCAACCGCACAGCUCAACUCGCCAGUGCUGCACACCCGAGCCAACUGACAAGCACUGCUCCCAUGGCUCACACCACUGACCACAGCACGGCACACCCAUCAACGAUCCACACCUCGAGAUCUCAACACACAGCGGCCCCUUCAGGACUUCAAAACGCUUCCGCACGUCGAGGAGGGAUUUCGAGGGCAGCCGUGCUUCAAGGGAUUCUGAGCAGCGCGGCAGCACUCCAAGACUCAGCACUGCCCUCUCCCCUCUCUCCCUCGGUUUUCUCCCAAUCGCAGUCGCAUGCUACGUCCGUGCCUGCCACGCCAGCCCCUGCCAUGUCAGCCCCAGCAAUGUCAUCUCCUGCCACGUCAGCUGCUACCACAUCAGCCCAUGCCACGUCAGCACCUGCCACUGCUUCCAGGAGCAGCAAUGCACUAAGUACCCUCCCGGUUUCCUCAAUUCCCGCUUUCCCUCCGUAUAGUCACAUUCUCCCGAACAUUCAGUCAUCUCCUGCUCUCACAAAUCCGGGCAUCUUCCAAGGGAGGCAAUCACUCGACCACACAGGCAUGGGAGAGAGUAGGUGGCCCACUAGUAGGUUCGGUGUUGUCGAGCCUAAUGUCCGAGGCUCGGUGUGGGAUCCUGCAGGCAUGGCAGCUGGGCUGAUAGCAGGCACAGGACUCGACUGGAAUGUAACAGGCUCGGUUGCAGGCUCGGGAAACACAGCAGGCUCCUUAAAUGGGGCGGCAGGUUCGGGAACCGCUGCAGGUUCGUCGAACGCAGCAACGAGUGAGAGGGAGUGCGGGUCUGCUGCUUCCAAUAUGACUCCUCACAAUCCUCCUCCCAAUCCUCCUCGCAAUUCUCUUGGCCCGCCUGCAGAGAUUCACCCCUCGCAGCAGCUGCUGUGGCAGCAGCACGUGCAGAGGCAGAUGGCGCGACAGAUGCAGGCGCACACAGGUGCAGCAGUGGCAGGCCAAGCGGCACGAGCACAGGAGGGGGAAACGGCAGGAGCAGGGGCGAGAGCGCACGCACAGCUUAUCCAGCAAGCGCAACAGAUGCAGCAGCAGCAGCAGAGGAGGCAUCAGGCGCAGCAGCAGCAGCUCCCGCCCUUGCGGAGAACCUCUUCACACUCACUUUCUCACACAUCCUCCCCCUCCACACACACUCGCUUCUCGUCUCAGAGCUACUCCAUUCAGCAGGGGACGCUCACCCCUACCCCUUCCCUCACCCCCUCCCUUACCCCCUCCCUCACCCCCCUCACAACGCCCGCUCAACUUUGGCUGCAGAACCGCCUCCCCAUCUACCCUCUCUCCCGCACAUCCUCCUCCUUCCGAGCCCCUCCUCCUCUCCUCCCUUCCCUCCUCCUCGCCUCCACUAAUACUCACCCUCAUACUCUCCCUCACACUCUCCCUCAUAAUCAUCCUCACAACCUCCCUUCAAAUAAUCACACUCAGCAUAACCACACUUCACACACUCACUUUCCUCCCAUUCACUCCCUUGAGCCCAGCUUGCCCCCAAUCGGCUCGCCAGCUGUCGGCUCCUGCGGACCCCCUCCCAUCUCCUCCCCCUCCUCCGCUGCUGCUGCCAUGUCAGCGUCGCAAUCCGCUGCUGCCACGUCAGCAGCCCCAUCUGGUGCUGCCACAUCAGCACCAGUGUCCACAGCUGCUGCUGCAAAGGAUAAGCGAGACGCUGAUGAGCAAUGGGUUGCGGAGGAGGGCAGUGAGAGGGGUGCGGUUGAGAGGGGUGCUGGUGGCAGGGGCGUGGUUGAGUGGUGUGCAUUUAAGGGCCAACCCGGGGAGGAGAGCAGAGAGAGGAACGCAGAGGAGGGGGAGGAGAGGGAUGGGGGUGUGCAUGGUCGAUGGCAGGGGGUUGAGCAGGGGGGACAAGGAGCGGGGUUGAGCGAGCGAGCAGGGGGGAUGGGGGAGGUGCGAGCAGGGGGGACUGAGGAGGAGCCCCUCAUGGCUCCCUGUGGCUUGCUGGGUGUGUCCGAGGAUGACGUCAUCCGCCUGCUGGUUGCUGACUGGGCGGCAGAAGAUGCUGACCUGGCCAUGCGUGCUGAGGUGGCAGCAGCUGACAUGGCGCAACCCAGUCACGGUGAAGCGAGGGGUUUGUUGUCCCAUGAGCGGGGAACCUUUGAUCAUCUGAGCCCUGCCCCUGGUACUGCCUCCCCAUCCCCUCCUCCUGUCACCAUACCCACCACCACUCCCCUCGCCGCUUUUACAGGGGGGCGGAACUCAUCAGCACCGCACUUCACCGCUCAGAAUUCUCCAUUUCAAGGGUCCUCAUACAUGCGUCCUGCUCCAUCUUCGACAGACCAUGUGCUGCUGCCACGUGGACAUCUCACUGGACCUGAUCCUGCCACCUCAGAUCAUGAUGCUGCCACAUCACACCAUGGCAUGGUGACAGGGUACUACCACCGACAUGCCACGUCACAGCAUGGCAGGGUUACUGGUAACUCUGGGGGUGCAGGAGUAACAGGGGCCAUUGGGGAGGUAGGCGAGCCAAUGACUAACACAAUAGAGGGAACGCUAUUAUGGGGGAUGCCAGCUCAGCCUGCUGUCACGAUGCCAGCUCAGCUUACUGACAUGAUGCCAGCUCAGCUUGUGGAUGAGGGUUAUCGGGAUGGGGUUGGAUAUGGAAUGCUGCUACAGCAGCAAGCAGGGGAGCCUGGGGAGGGGGGUGAGGGCGAGAGGGAAGGGGGCAGGAACCAGUGGCCAGACUGGGUGCUCCGCCACAUGUCAUCGUGAUUAUAGAUGGAUGUUGUUGUGAUCAUAAUGGAUGUGAUUCAAAUGGAUGUUAUUGUGAUAGUAGUGGAUG